AACGCAAGGUGCACCAAUGUUUCAAAGUCUUUGAUGUUGAUUCCAUCUUAGGAACGUGCACACAGACCCAGAACGCGGCCAUAUUUUUCUCUUGUUACUUCCUUUUUCUACCUUCUUUCCUUACAUUUUUCCCCAGAACCGAUUGCAGUUCUAUUGGCUUCGAUUGGGGCUUCUGUUUCUGGGUUCCUACUUCCUGGGUUUACUCCCUUGGCUUGAAGGCAAGUCAAGUCCUGCUUGUUUUCCAUAUAUGUUUCCGUUCUUUGUCCCUGUUACCCAGAAAUUUUAAUUUCAUCUUAAUUGUCUCUCUGGCUUUUCUCUUCACACGUUUAUUUGUUUUGAUUUGUUGAGAAAUUCUGAUUUGUUUCCCAUAAACCCUCGAGUUUUGAGCAAAGUCUUCCGCAUCCUGGGGCUUGUUUCCCUCAAUUCCUUUUCGAAUUUUCUUCUGUUGGACUUGGCGUAGGAUCUUCUCUACCAUGGGUUUUAAGGUUGCUCUCAACUUGGUCGUCAUUUUAGUCUUCUCUGGCGGUUUCCAAGCUUUUGCUGGAAUUCACUAUCACAAAAGCCAUAAUCCUAAUGGCUCUACCCUGGCAGCUAUUGAAUUGCCCGAUCACCUGAGCUUCAAUGCCGUUUCGUCUUCUGGGAGUACUGGGUGUGGCUUUUCAACAGCUAAGAAAGACAAAGAAUCAGAAUCAACGAUGCAAGCAACACCGGAUGAAGAAGAAGGGGAAGAUGACGAUGACGAUGAAAAACAUGAAGAUGUUUUUUCGGGGAAACCAUCCGUGAAGCUCCAUCUUAAGCACAAGCCACUGACCCAACAAAUGGAUCCUAAAAUUUCUGUGGCUGAGUUCACUACCAAGGAUUUGACUAGAAUCCAGACACUUCAUACGAGGAUUAUAGAGAAGAAGAACCAAAACACAGUUUCAAGGCUAAAGAAAGAUAGUAAGCAACCAAAGAAUGAAUCCAAGUUGGUUUUUGCUCCGGCUGCAUCACCGGAAUCUUACACAGGUAGCCUUUCGGGGCAGCUCAUGGCGACCUUGGAAUCGGGGGUGAGUCUUGGCUCUGGAGAAUACUUCAUAGAUGUGUUUGUGGGUACCCCUCCUAAACAUUUCUCUCUGAUACUUGAUACUGGCAGUGACCUUAAUUGGAUUCAAUGCGUUCCUUGCUUGGAUUGUUUCGAACAAAAAGGACCUCAUUAUGAUCCCAAAGGUUCUAGUUCGUUUAGGAAUAUAAGCUGUCAUGAUCCUCGGUGUCAAUUGGUUUCAUCCCCAGAUCCACCUAGGCCUUGCAAAUCUGAGAAUCAAACAUGUCCUUACUUUUAUUGGUAUGGAGAUUCUUCAAAUACGACUGGAGAUUUUGCUGUUGAAACCUUCACAGUUAAUCUUACGACAUCUUCUGGUAAGUCAGACAUGAGGCAGGUAGAGAAUGUGAUGUUUGGUUGUGGUCAUUGGAAUAGAGGCCUAUUCCACGGGGCUGCAGGGUUGUUAGGACUCGGAAGAGGACCUCUCUCCUUUUCCUCCCAGCUGCAGUCUCUUUAUGGUCACUCUUUUUCUUAUUGUCUUGUGGAUAGAAAUAGUGAUGCAAAUGUUAGCAGCAAGUUGAUUUUUGGAGAGGACAAGGAACUUCUGAGCAACCCUAAUCUGAAUUUUACUUCAUUUGUUGCUGGAAAAGAAAACCCAGCUGAUACAUUCUACUAUGUCCAGAUUAAGUCGAUUGUGGUUGGAGGAGAGGUGCUUAAUAUCCCAGAAAAGACUUGGCAACUUUCAUCAGAUGGUGCUGGUGGUACAAUAAUCGAUUCGGGUACUACCCUAAGUUAUUUUGCAGAACCUGCUUAUCAGAUUAUCAAGGAGGCAUUCCUGAAGAAGGUUCAAGGCUACCCUCUAGUGGAAGAUUUUCCUUUUCUGCAUCCUUGUUACAAUGUGUCUGGAGUGGAGAAGAUGGAGCUGCCAGAAUUUGGAAUUCAUUUUGCAGAUGGAGCUGUGUGGAAUUUCCCAGUUGAAAAUUACUUUAUCCGGCUUGAACCCGAGGAUGUUGUUUGUCUAGCAAUUUUAGGGACUCCUCGCUCCGCUCUUUCAAUAAUUGGAAACUACCAGCACCAGAAUUUCCACAUCUUGUAUGACACAAAGAAGUCCAGGCUGGGAUAUGCACCGAUGAGAUGUGCUGAUGUUUAACAUUCAUGUGUUUGAAGAGUAACUCAUGGCAUGAGAAAAACUGUAAAAAAAAGAUGCGUUGAAGAGGGAGAUUCUUUUGGUUUUUGUUUCAUAGAAGGUAUAGCAUACAAGAUAUUAUAUUCAUUGUUUUCCACAGAAACUACUGGUUCAUGAUCUGGCUUUAACAAAAAUGUAGCAUUGCAUUUUCAGAUAUAUUAACUCCCUUUCUGAGUUUGUUA